GCGGGACGAGGGAACCGGCGGGCGGGUAACAUGGCCGCUACUGCGGCUGGUGUGGGCCGGCUAGAGGAAGAGGCGUUGCGGCGAAAGGAACGGCUGAAAGCCCUACGGGAAAAAACUGGGCGCAAGGACAAGGAAGAUGGGGAGCCCAAGACCAAGCAGCUCAGAGAAGGGGAAGAGGAAGGCGAGAAGCACAGGGAACUCAGGCUGCGGAACUAUGUCCCAGAGGACGAGGACCUGAAGAGGAGGAGGGUGCCCCAGGCCAAGCCAGUCGCCGUGGAAGAGAAGGUGAAGGAGCAGCUGGAGGCCGCCAAGCCAGAGCCCGUCAUCGAGGAAGUGGACCUGGCCAACCUCGCGCCCCGGAAGCCUGACUGGGACCUCAAGAGAGACGUAGCCAAGAAACUAGAGAAGCUAGAAAAACGGACCCAGAGGGCCAUUGCCGAGCUGAUCCGUGAGAGGCUGAAAGGCCAAGAGGACAGCCUGGCCUCUGCAGUGGACGCCACCACCGAGCAAGAGGCCUGUGACUCUGACUGAGGCACGCCAUGUCCCCUUGCCCCUGUCAGGCCUGUCCUGUGGGUGGGUGGUCUCGGGCAAGGGUGGGGCUGGGCUUGCUGUUACCUCCAGAGCCAAACCGCCCCGUCAGCCUGGAACCCCCGCCGUGGGGUGAGGUCAGCUCCUUGUCUCCUAAGUGGUCCCCGUCACCCCGACAGGGGCAGAGCUGACAGCAACCCUGUGGGCUUGCUGUGUCUGUACAUAUGUAUGUAUUUUGAACUUUCUUUUAUCUCUAGAAAUAGAAACAAGCAGACCUGUAUGUGCGCCAGAAA